UUUUCUUUUCCUUUCCCUUCCAACCAGAUGAUAUAUUCAAGAUGUUCGAGCCCGACUCCCUCACUUCGGUUAGAGGAGAAUAAUGGUGUUGGCCCCAGCACGGAAUUAAUGGCGGUGUUACACUAUUAAUAAUGUUGGAGAAGAUGGUUGGUUAUAUUUAAGAAGGAAUCUAGCAGCUACGUGGUCUUUGUUUAUAGGAUUCAGCGAACGCCCUUGAAUCACUUUGGGGUGGCGGGCGACAGCAGUCAGGCCUCUAGGAGAUCCCAUCGGGGAUCCAACACCCCCCCCCGGCCCAACCUUGGAACUAUACCUGCCAUAGAAAGAGAGAAUAAAAUUAGAAUAGAGAUAUAGGUAUUGGUAUUCUAUGCAUAGCGCAUGCCCAACAUCGAACCUCCCGCUCUAUCCCUCUUCAGCGUUGUCCUCCUUCUCGGACUCCUGAUAUCAUAAGUUACAUCGCCCUGUCUCCCUCAUUUCUUACCGCUCCGACGGCACCCUGUGGACGAGGUGGGGGGACCCCGUGGCACAUUUUGAUACCCCCUCGCUUCUACGGGGGGUAAAGAGCUCUUUUGCGAUAGCAGAAAGCAAGAAGAUUGGAGUGGAUAGAGAGAGGAGCCGUGCUGUUGAGGUCACAAUGUCGCCGUUAGAGAGGACGCCGGUUUAUUUCCUGAGUCAUGGAGGGCCAAACAUCAUGUACGACCAUGAUCAUCCAGCCCAUCGCAAGCUGCAGGAAAUCGGGCGGGAAAUCACUAGCAAGGUGAAGCCUCUUGCCGUGGUCGUUUUUUCCGCCCACUGGCAAGCGUUAAGAGAUACAGUCGAGGUGAACAAUGCUGAGAUCACUGAGCUGAUAUAUGACUUCUAUGGAUUCCCCAGCCAUUAUUAUGAAGAGAAAUUCCCCAACGUGGGGAGUAGGGAGAUCGCGCAGAAAGUGAUAGACGCAAUUCGGGGAGCAGGGAUGAAAGCGGAGGGAGUGAAGAGAGGACUGGAUCAUGGUGUUUGGGCUAGUUUUAAAUGCGGUAUGUCCUCAAUAGUCAACCCCCUUUCCAGCCACGGUUUAGGGUAUUGUACGGAGUACUACCUUGGUGAAAAAUUGAGCACUAAAACAAUGAAAAUAUUGAUCCAUUUUUUUUUAGCAUUCAACACUGACCAAAACCCCCUGAACGUUCCCAUCGUCCAAGUCUCCCUUUUCAAAACCGAAGACCCCAUCCAGCACUACCGCCUGGGCCAAGCCGUCGCCAAACUCCGCGAGGAGAACAUCCAGAUCAUCGUCUCUGGAAUGGCAGUGCACAACCUGCGAGACCUCCGGUUAACGUACGGAGAUUCUAAGCCAAUGCCGUACACGACUAGUUUUGACGAAGCGCUCAAGGACGCUGUCACCACGCCACCGGCGCAGAGGGAGAAGGCAUUGGUUGAUCUGUUGAAGCGCGCGGAUGCGCGGCAGGCCCACCCCACGUUUGACCAUUUGUUGCCCAUCCAUGUGGGAGCGGGAGCUGCGGGGGAAGAUGUUGGGAAGCGGCUGUGGACUCUGGAGGAGGGCAGCAUGAGUUGGGCGCAGUUUAGGUUUGGGGAGGUUGGCGCGGACUGAAAGAGAUUUGGAUUUUUGGAUGAUGUAUUCUUAUUCUAGCUUUUCCUUCAUCUUUUGUUUUCUUUGUGGAGUGGGACGGGGGAGGUAUCUUUCCCCUUCCACCCCCAACUGGUCUCGGUUUCUCAGUGCGUAUAGCAUGCUUUUUGAAUGUUGGAUAAUAAAGGCAUCGUAUCUUUCUUGGAUGUGGAAGGAGCCAUUGUUCUAUUUUGAGUCGUGUAUAUAUAUGUACAGAAACAGCGGAAAAGGAAGAUAAAUCAUGGCGCGCGGACUAUAUUGAGUCCUUCACCAAAGCUGUAACUUUCUCCUCAA